CCGGGCGGGCAGCGGCUGCGGAGCGGUAACCGCCCGCCGCUCCGCCGGCCCGGAGCCCACCCCGCCCUCCCGGCCGGCCCCUCCUUCGCGGCGCUUGCUGCAGUGCACGGAGCUCGGAACAUGGAGGGCUACGGGCGUUUCUUGGCGCUGCUGGUCUCGGCGCUGUCGGUCGGCUUCGUGGCGGUCAUCCUCUCCCUCGUCUGGGUCUUCCACUACCGCGAAGGGCUGAGCUGGGACGGCGGAGCGGGGGAAUUCAACUGGCACCCCGUCCUCAUCAUCACGGGCUUCGUCUUCAUCCAGGGCAUCGCUAUUAUUGUGUACAGGUUGCCCUGGACAUGGAAGUGCAGCAAACUCCUGAUGAAGUUCAUACACGCUGGAUUAAAUACCAUAGCUAUGAUUCUUGCGAUUGUUUCUCUGGUAGCCGUGUUUGAAUACCACAAUGCCGGCAACAUUCCAAACAUGUACAGUCUGCACAGCUGGAUUGGGCUGACUGCUGUUAUAUUUUAUUCUCUCCAGCUUUUCUUGGGUUUCGCCGUCUUUCUGCUCCCUUUUGCUCCAGUUCCUCUCCGAAGAGCUGUCAUACCAAUACAUGUUUAUUCGGGUCUUACCAUCUUUGCAACGGUGAUUGCAACAGCUCUCAUGGGAAUCACAGAAAAGCUUAUAUUUGCAUUGCAAAAUCCUGCAUAUAGCUCUUCUCCACCAGAGGCAACUUUUGUCAACUGUCUUGGUCUUUUGCUUGUCAUAUUUGGUGCACUUAUUUUGUGGAUGGCAAGCAGGCCCCACUGGAAGCGCCCCCCAGAAGAGAAUGCUAAAGCUCUGCUGCCCGUUGGAGGGACUGCCGAAGGCACAGAAGCGGAAUCCACAAUGACAGACGGGAGUCAGGCAGAUAAAGCUGACCUGAGGAUCAAUAGUGAUGCAGCCAGAAAACAAAACCUCAAGCUUGAUGAAGCAGCCCAACGAUCAACUAUGUAAAGAAAUUACACAGAAUGAGAGUACUAUUAUACUGCCAAACCCCCCUGGUUUCUUCCGGUUUAAUUAUAUUGAUAUAUAAAUAGGUUGGGAUUUUAGUUUCCAUAUGGCUUGCUCAAAGAUACUCAUGUUUUCUGCAUAUGAAUUUAAAUUCCAAUAAGUCCUGAACAUGUUUUAUUGGUUCAUGCUCAGUCCUCAUUUAAAAAAUGAGGGUGUGAAUGACAUCACAUAAUGGGAAAAACACAUAAUUGAAAAAUGUUUUCCAUAUCACUUCUUAAUGCUUAUAUCUUUUAGAGUCAUGAAAAAUUAACAAGAUCGAGACUUAGUUCUGCUCUGAGUGAUUUUGCAGGUUACAAAACAGAGUCAUGAAGUAUACCAGAUAGCAGAAUUUAGUCGCUCACCCAUAAUUUUUCUAGUAAUGUUCACUUUCUAAAGCCCUGAUUGCUCAACCUGAUUAACCCCCUCACCAACUACUAAUAUGUAUCUGGGAUCUGAGGUCAUUCAGCACUUUGCAGAACUGCACCAUAAAAAUGUUAAGUCUAAAAUUUUGAAUUCAAAAAAAAAAAUCAAAGUUUGCCAUGUUUCCUUUAAAAACUUUUUAAAAAAAUUUUUUAAUCAAAAGGUAUGUGUUGACUUUUUAACCAACUCUACCAAAUAUAUUGUAUAUAGACAACAUUUGGCUUUGGAUCAUGUGUGAUCAUUACUGAAAUCUAAGGAAAUUUUAGGACAUACAAAUGCAGAAUUUGGCUUCUUUGGAAAGCUAUAGAUACACACAGAAGGCAGCAUUUUACUAUUUUUAUUUGAUAGGACAGCUCUAUUGAUUCAUGGCACUAGACUAGAAAUCAGGAGCUUAGAAACCAGAGAAGACUGCUAGCAGAAGAAAGGAGCCUGAAGUGAGAAAUGCUGCCUCCAAGAAAUAGCUGAGCUUUGCUGAUUUGAUUAAAAUGCUACCUGUUCACUCAAAGGCAAUUUUGGUAUCUCUGUGCUGGCGUCAAAACAAUUAUUGUCAUGGGCAUGAAGACAUACUUUAGUCUACAAGCACACUAUUAAAAACUCCAUGACUUUUUAAUUUGAAGUUAAAGUGUUAAAUAAUGCAGUUUGAGUCUCUACUGGCACUUAUUUUUACAGCUCUUUCUUUUAACCAGAGUAUUGAUGUAUUAUGCUCAUUCAUUAUUUUCACAGAUAUAAACAAUAUUGAUAAUUUUUACUAUCAUAGAAGAAUAAUUAUAGUAGAUAAUUUUCAUUGCUCGUGUCCACAAUAAUGAGCCUUUCUAUUAUAAGCUCUUGUAAAAGUUGCAGAGCCCACUACAAGUCCAAAGUUACCACUGUUCAUGUUGCAAUAUAGACAGUUUCAGACAGCAUAUAACUUCCUGGGUUUUUUAGACUACGUAAAUUUUUAUCUGCUAUACCUUUUAAAAAUGUUUAAACAUAUUAAACUUUAGCAAAUAUGCAAUUCUUGAAAUUCAGUGUUGCACUAGUACAAAUAAUUUUGGUCAUGUGCCAUUUUGGAUCUUCUCUGACAAGAAGCACCUUGGUCCCUGUUGUGUGAUUUGCAAUAACAUUUAAUUAUUUGGUGAAUGCAGUGUAGAAAGCUAGCAUAGUAAAAUAUUUGAAAAACUAUUCUGCUGUACCAUUUGGUACUCAAGGACUACAUCCCAGAGUUCUGUGUUUUUACUUAUGUAUGUUUGUGGAUGACUGAGACCCAACCUAGCAUUGGUAUAUUGCUUCAUUUGAGAAAAUACAUACUUUUAAAUGCCAUGGUGUAGCCUUCAGGUAUGAUGGAAGGAAUACUACCCUAUUGUGUGAACGCCCCUCCAGUCCUACUAUGUGCAAUGGAUCAAACAGCUUUUUGACUGUUUUUCAAGUUCCAUACUUUUAUCUGUCCUCCCUAAAAUGGUUCUGCACAGCUUUAACAUAAAAUCCAAAUAGUACUGAUAGCAGCUUUCUGAGAGGAAAACGAGCACUUGUUUUACAUGACAUUAGUGCAUUAGUGCUCAACUGACAUGACGUGAUUAUGUUAUGCAUCUUAUUACAAAUUUAUACGUUGAAUAUUAAGUAGGAAGAGGGAUUCACAGUAGCUUCUGGAGAACACUAAACUGUGCUGUCUUCUUCUGAUCUUGUUAUGUUCUGCUCAACAAGUCUGUUGUUUGGGGUUUUUUUGUGAAAUCAGUAGGCAUCUUACAGCUGCUGGAUGCACAUUUAGUCUUUGUGAGAGAGCACUGUUAACACUUUUCAAGUGUAACAGGUGAAGUGGCUUUUCAUACUGCACUCACACAGGCAACAGCAGGUUAAGUUGGUAUGUAGUGGCCUGUGAAAAUGAGCUCAUUCAAUCCUUGCAUAGUACUAAGUCAUCUAAUAAAAGCGUGUGUUUAUGUGGUAGUUGCUUGUCUAAGGAUUGUUCUGGAAGAAACUCUACAGUAUAUUGGGAAACAAAACAAAACACACAUCUGUGAUUUCUUUUGUUACAAUACUGACUUGGACGUAUUGAAAUCAACAGCUUUUAGGUGGGUGGUUCUAUAUGCUGUUAAAAUUAAGCUGUAGUAACCAGCAUGCCUUCCAUUUAUUCCAUGUUCAAGAGUCAUGGUACUUGAAAAAGAACAGUGGCAUUUCUUUACUUCUCUAUUCUGAUUAUAUAAACCUAAUUGAAAAUCAAUGAUUAGCAAACUUUUGAGGGUAGUCUGCCAGACUACCUUUUUGGUUUUUUUCAACUCUGAGGUUAAAUGUGAUAGUAGAAACUCAGUGGUGUUUGGAAGAUUCUAUUCUGGGAAAUUAUAAUGAUCAGUGAUAUCUCAUGUGUAUGAACUGUGGGAUUCUGCCUGCUUUGGUCUUCAGAAGAUCCUGGUGAGAUGCAGUAGCUGUGGGCUCCUAAACCUUGCUCAUCUUCUUGUGUGGAAUUUAAAAGACUCAACAUCCUAUAGACUUUUGGCUUCAGUUCUAAACUGAUUUAAAAGGUCUUUAGCUAUCCUUGCAACAUAUGAGGUUAGUUCAAGUGCUAAAUAAAAAUACAUAGGGCUUUGGAGAGUAAUUUUCUCUAGAAAAAAAAGGCAUUCCUAAAGCUGCUUCUCCAAGUGCCAUUAACUUUCCUUUCAUGCAACUUUUCUUACCUCUAUUUAUAUGUAAUAUUAGCAACAUGGAAAAUUAAAAGGUGUAUUUUCAAAGAUAUAAAUGGGAGGUAGAACUCUAGCUUUUUAAUCAGGAUUUCUGUGCAUGUUUGGAAAUCUUCUACAUUGUUGUUUUUACAGGGACAUGAUUGUAGAGCUUACACUCCAAGUUUGGGUUCCUAUAAAAACAUAGGAAGUUACAAAACCUAACAUUAAAAGUGCUAAUUUUUUAAGAUGCUUGGAAAAAAAAAUGAAAUGUAUUUACAUGCUGUUAUGCAGUACUGCUUACAGAAGCAGAACAGCAUUUUUUCCAGCAUUAAUGAAACUGAGAACUGAUGGUGUGAAUUAGAUUUUAAAACUGAAUGUACAGUAAUUACAUGUAUGCUUCUUACGACAUGUAACCAAGAAGAUUGCAUAUGAUAUUGUAAAUACAGAUUACUUGUUUACGUGGAUAUUUUAUUGAGAGACUAAAAGAUAUUGCCAAAUAUUUUCUAUUUCAGAACCCUUUUUUAUGCCUCUGUUUCAGAAAAUUCUUUCCACUGUUUCUAACUGUUCACAAGAACUUAAUUAUUUUAUUGUUUUGUUAUUCACGGUACAUAUUUGUAGAUGAAAGCAAAUAUUUCAUUACAAUGCCUAUUUUACUUAUUCUUUUUUGUAUGUUAAUAAAAAUGAUUUUUCAAGCUUA